AUUAUUCAACAGUUGAACAAUAAUUAUACUCGCAGCCAUAAUGAAGAUCGUUCUUUUCGCGACGUGUAUUAUUCUUGUAUUUAACAAUGUUCGGGGCUCACUCGAGGCUGAGGGCAUAAUCGGUGGACGAGAUGAUGACGGGCCUAACGAGUUUCCAUAUCUCGUGUCCUUUAAAAAUGCUACAGAGCACUGGUGCGGCGGUGCGAUAAUAGGUGAUCAGUUCAUUCUCACAGCGGCUCAUUGCGUCAUCGAGGAAGAUGUGAAGUUUCGCGACUUUCCUCACAAAAUCAUCGCAGGCAUUGACUCCCUCGACUCUGAUCAAGAUACCAAAGUCGAGGUUGACGUUGAGAAGAUCUAUGUCAGCGAGCGUUACAACCAUUCCUGGUGGUUUCUGGGUGACACAGCCUUGGAUGACUGGGCUGUGCUCAAGUUGAAAACUAAACUGGACAUCAACAACAACAAAGGCUUGGCAAUCGUUAAUCUGCCAGAAAAAAUCAAUGGAACCAACGAGUACGACACCUAUGAAAAUGCCACGGCGCUUUUAGCGGGUUACGGCUAUGAUUACAUUGAAAUAAUCAAAUACCAGAAUGGUACCGAGAGAGACAGAGGAAAUUCCACUGGAGAAUUGCACAAAGCGAAUGUGCGCGUGGUCAGCAACAAUGUGUGCUCCGAUCCGGUAGACGGUUAUGAUUCCCCUGUCUUGGAUACGCAGAUCUGCGCUAAAAUUAUCGAGCAUGCAGAUUUGACGCCUCAAGGACCGUGUAACGGUGACAGUGGAAGUCCGCUGGUGAUCGAUAACACGGUGAUCGGUAUAGUGAGUGUCUCCGUACUCGCCUGUAACGACAAUAGAGUGCCGGCUCUCUAUACCAGGGUUACAUCCUAUACGGAUGCUAUCAAGAAUGCGAUGAAAGGCGUUACCAAAGGAUUACGCGUUGCGUCAGCACCCUGAAAUUUAUUUGUAAAUUUGGUGCAAUGUAUCAGAAAUUUAAAUAAAAAGUGUAGCAUUUUAUUCUAGCAAAUAUAUAUUUUGAAU